CUCCUCAAACAAAUCCUUUCUCUUGCGGCCUGAACUGGCGCCGCACAUCAUCCGUGAGAGAGCGUUGCUCACUCAUUCCCGUCCACCGUUUCCAUAUGUACUGUGGCAUUGCACUUUCCGACGGAGCCACUUGCGGAAUAUCCCAGCUACAGUAUCAGUAUCACAGUCAAUCUCCUAAUCCCAUGAUCGUUCCAGCUUCAUUUGGUGGAGAUGUCGCCACGCUGGUGAGAUGCAUCCUGGUUAAUCGAGUGUCACACCUUCACCUCGCCGCUAUCCUACAUGCCAGUGCAGUCUUGUUGGUUGGCCUGCAUAUACGCGCCAGUAAAUCAAGUCCACCGCCAGACUACUGUAUUCUGCAUACUGCAUUCUCGCCGCGUAUCAUAUCCAUUCUGAUUUGAUUACCCCGCGCCGGUCUUGCAAUGCUUAAAUAAGCCGUCCCCUCACUGUGGGCGAAAGCCUUCACUGAGACGCCCAGCUUCAGGCGUCAUCAUUUGCGCAAUCGCUCGAAAGACGAAAUCGGACUCUUGCCCCAAAGUAUAUCGUCUUCCUACCUCAAGAUGGCGGAGAGGAGCUCUUUCAAUCGCAGUGCCGGAAAGAAGACUUCUUUUACGUUCCCGCUGCUUCACCCAAAAGUCGCCAACGCCGUCGUCGACCAUAUCACCGUCGUCUGGGUCAGCAAAAAGACCACACGAGAGCCAAACAACACUUACUCCACCUCGGUAAAGGGAAAGUUCACUUGCGACAAUGGCGCUUGUUCCAACAAAACUUGGACAAGCGGAAAAGUGACUUUGGCGAUUCAGGGAUACCCAGGCGGCGGCUAUAACGCAGUCGUAUACAAUCAGCGAUGCAAAGUGUGCAAUCGACUGGGGAUUUUCUCCCUGGCUGAGGACACAUACGUCGAUCGAAUUGCAUAUCGGUUGAAGAAAUGGGCGGGCGUGGCGAUGGAGCGGCGUGUGUACGAAAAGAGGGGUACCCCUCCCCACAAGAAAGGGCUUUGUGAGGGCUGCAAGAAAGGCUGUUGUAGAGAAGGCUUUGCUGAUUUCAAUUUGUACUGAGUUGAGACAUUCCAAAGGUGAUUCCGGACUGGGGAGGUCUCCAAGUAGAGGGCGUUGCAGCUUAGCCUUGUAAUACUGACGGCGUAUCCAAGCUCAGCUUUGCGAUGUAGUCAACUACAAUAGAGGGGCGUGGCAAUCUUUCAACUCCUCUCAUCUACAGAUACAUCAAAGCUUGCGUUUGGGCUUGACGGAUCGCGGUGGAAGCUUAUCGGAACUGCGGGAGAUGUGAUACGCUUGCAGAAGGUGAACGAUAAGUCCAACCCCAGCGUCAACAGCGGAUGAACGACGCCGAGUGCAGACAACGGCAGCACGACGUCUUCGUACGCAAUGACUGGCAAUACGUUAUUCUGAAAGGUGGCACAACUCGAGACUCUCCACUGUGCUCUGGCGACACGAUCGGCCUCUGUCGCCUUGUGGCGUGUCUCUUCCCUCGAGUGCUGAGGGGACGCGUCGCUGUGAUUGGGACCUCGUAAUCUAGAACGCGUCGCGACCGCGUGUUAUGCCGCCACCUCGACUGAACGAGGCCGGGAUGGCGACACAAAUCGCUUGCCACAAGCCCUCGCAACGGUGCUCCAACGCCGGUCAUGAGCUG